CCUUGUUCGGUCCCCGGGGCGGGUGCAUCGCUGGCUGUCGGACUGUGUCCUGUGGGAGCCUGUCGUUCCACGCCCGCACUCCUAGGAACUGUCCCUCGCGGUACCGACCAUGUCCAAGUCUCUGAAAAAGUUGGUGGAGGAGAGCCGAGAGAAGAACCAGCCGGAAGUGGACAUGAGUGACCGCGGCGUCUCCAACAUGCUGGAUGUCAACGGCUUGUUCACUUUGUCCCAUAUCACACAGCUGGUCCUGAGCCACAACAAGCUAACAACUGUGCCACCAAACAUAGCAGAACUGAAGAACUUGGAAGUGCUCAACUUCUUUAAUAACCAGAUUGAGGACCUGCCCACACAGAUCAGCAGCCUUCAAAAACUCAAGCACCUGAACCUGGGCAUGAACAGGCUGAACACUUUGCCUCGAGGAUUUGGCUCCUUACCAGCUCUUGAAGUCCUGGAUUUGACUUACAACAACUUGAAUGAAAAUUCUCUUCCUGGAAACUUCUUCUACCUUACCACCCUCCGUGCACUCUAUCUCAGUGACAACGAUUUUGAAAUCCUGCCGCCAGAUAUCGGGAAGCUCACAAAGUUGCAGAUACUCAGCCUUAGAGAUAAUGACCUGAUCUCUCUGCCCAAAGAAAUUGGGGAACUUACCCAGCUUAAGGAACUCCACAUUCAGGGGAACCGCCUGACUGUUCUGCCCCCAGAAUUAGGAAACUUGGAUCUGACUGGGCAGAAGCAAGUGUUUAAGGCAGAGAACAAUCCCUGGGUUACUCCAAUUGCCGACCAGUUCCAGCUUGGUGUCUCCCAUGUUUUUGAAUAUAUCCGUUCUGAGACAUACAAGUACCUGUACGGAAGACACAUGCAGGCAAACCCAGAACCUCCAAAGAAGAAUAAUGACAAAUCGAAAAAGAUCAGCCGGAAACCCCUGGCAGCCAAGAACAAAUGAAGAGUUGGCCUAGGCCAGACUUCCGGCUUCCUCCCUGGCGCCCACCUCUCCUCUGGCUCAGCCUCACAUAUAAAUACAGUGUGUAUGUAGCUUUUUCUUUCUUUUUCUCUCACUGCUUUCUAGUGCUUACCACCUUACCUUUUACAUUUUUGAUAGGUGGUAGAUUUUUAUCAAGUCUGAAAACCAUUUCCCUGUGUUCCUUAAAGUGCCAAGGUGUAAUUCAGCUGCAGACUCCAGGGGCUCGGGUUUCAGUUCCUUGAAUAGACACCACAAGGUUGCCUUUUGUCAGAAGAAGAAUUAAGAUCACGUGGCCACAUAAAUGUCAUAGUUCACACACUUUGCUCUGUCUGUUCACCCAACUUGUAAGUGUGCUUUGUCAGAGCCUCGCUUCACCGCUGGGACUUUGUGUUCAUCUAAAUGACAAAUGAUUUUUAAUAAAGUCUGGAAUUUGUAUCACA